AUGAACUAAACUAAACAUAGCAAUUAUCCCAUGGUUUGUCUGCAGACUGCGAGACACGAGACAGGAAAAGGGUUGGCAUUGAUAUCCGUAGAUUUGUUUUUUCUCGCGUCAGAAUUCUGGAACGAGUGUCUUUUUGUUGAGGAACUUCAUGGACCAUGGUUUUUCGUAGAUCAUUCAACGGUGAAGGUGAAGAAGCUGGUUUUGUUGGGAUUUAAUGCCCGUCUGCUCUAAAUCUGUGAGUUCUUCCGUUCUUCUAUCCAGUUCCCUCCCCCGGAAUUUAAUUAUAUUCUAGGGCUGUUUGGUUGCUGAGAAAACUUUCGAGGAAAGAUAUGAUCUUGCUAAAAUGUACGAUACCAAGUCCUCUCAUCAUGCCCCGUGUUUUCUCGACAAUGAAUCGGAAAACUUUUGUUUCUUGUUAUUGGCUGUCAAGGACAGUCAUCAACUGAUUUUUGUUUUGAACAUUGAAGAAACAUGAAGUUUGGAUCAAAGAAAUCCAUUAUGCCUUUUCGGUUGAAAUGCAAAUCAGCCUCCCGGUUUUCUGUGUUUCAUUUGAAAAGAAAAUCAGCCACCAGGUUUUGUAUGUUCCCUAAGGCGAAGUCAACUAGCUAUGGUCCUGGCAAUACUCCAGUCUAUCUUAAUGUGUAUGACUUGACACCCAUGAAUGGCUAUGUUUACUGGGCAGGUCUUGGUAUCUUUCAUUCUGGUGUGGAAGUUCAUGGUGUAGAAUAUGCAUUUGGAGCUCAUGACUACCCCACGAGUGGCGUUUUUGAGGUUGAACCGCAGCAGUGCCCAGGCUUCAAGUUCAGGAGAUCAAUAUUCAUUGGGACCACAAGCUUGGAUCCUAAUCAGGUGAGAUCAUUCAUGGAGCGCCACUCAUCAAGCUACCAUGGAGAUACGUAUCACCUAAUUGCCAAGAACUGCAAUCAUUUCUGCACGGACGUUUGUUACAAGCUCACAGGAAAACCUAUUCCAAAAUGGGUAAAUCGACUAGCAAAAAUAGGUUCGAUAUGCAACCGGAUACUUCCUAAAACCCUCAAGGUAUCUGCUGUAAGGCAUGACCAUAAUUACGAACUGCAUGAUAGUGAGAAGAAGAGGCUAAGAAGUUCCUUCAGUUGCCUGUCCUCGAUCUCCACGAGGCAAAAGCAAUUAUCAACAUCUUCAUUAUUUCUACAAUCGCCCUUGAAAGGCUGCUUACCACCAUGGGAAUUAAGGUGGUCUCACUUUGGUUCUUUGAAAGAAAGGUGAGAAAAUGCUUGGAAGGUAUGCAAUCAGUUGAUGUUCUUAGUACAUCGAACGGCUUAGCUUGAAGGGGAAACUUGUUUUGUCCACUGGCUCUUGAAGGCAUCGGCACCUUAAUUAUCUUUCGAAUUUAGAAUAGUCGGGAGGUGCUGCUUGUCUUCAUUGUAACGCUAGUCUGAUGUCGAAACCAUUAAGAAGAGAAAGCAUGUAUGUCAAAGCAUUGCCCUACUUUAGCUGUAGAUUGUACUUCUAGUGUGCUUUGUUUGAUUUUAUUUUAUAUUUUAGGUAGUUUUUGUUGUUCAUGGCAGAUUCUUUUCCAAAGUUUGUGGAUUCUGGUAUUGGUACAGAAUGGAACAGUCUUCUUCCAUUGUUAUUCAGCCUGUAAAUACUAAUAUAAUGUGAUGUUUGUGAUA